AUGAAGUCUCAGGGAAGAGCCCCUCGAUGCACUAAAAUGGUCAACAGAGCCAUAUGGAGUCCAACACCAGAGUGUGAAGGUAAGGAUCUGAUCAUCUCAGGAAUCAAGUGAAUGCAACUUGACAUUUUAAGUCGGCUGGUUAACUCAUGUUUUGAACUUUACAUUUAUAUUUUUAAAAUUUUAACAUAUUUUAUCAAGCUACUAACAUAAUGUUUUUCUAUGUUUUUGUUUCUAAAAUGCAGAAGUGAAAUGUUCAUUAUCAUUGACACCAACAAGAGGAACCAGUUACACCCCUGCUGGCAGAAAUCUGUUCUUGCCUGA